AUGCAUCAUAACAUGUGUGCGUGUACAGGUGCUAAUAUUACAAAUUAUACAGAAGCUCUCAGUAUAAAUAGAGCCAAUUGUGUUACGAACAUCGAUGUUGACCUGGCCAACAGGAACAAGGCCUUUGGAAAUGAACGCAAUUCAAUCUAA